AUGGCAUCGUAUUGUCCAGGGUUUGUUAGCCUAUUAACAAGCCAAACCGGAGAAUCUAGCACUCCAGAGUUUGUGAACCUCUCAGGUUCUCAAUCCAUAGACAUGGACUCACCUGAUCUUCCAGCUUUUAGCAACCACUCUGCAAAAGCAUCUACUGUCAAGGAGAGGAGGAAAUGGUCUCCGAAGGAGGAUGUUAUUCUCAUAAGAUCCGGGAUUACUACAAUUCAAGUGGGUCAGUGCAAGCAAAGGUGGGGAAGGCUUAAUGACCUAGCCUGCAAAUUCUGUGGUUCCUAUGAUGCGGCUUUGAGGGACCAAUCAAGCGGUGAGAAUGACAAUGAUGUUAUGAAGAAAGCACUAGACAUGUUCUUCAAUGACUAUGGUUGUAAGUUCACUCUAGAGCAUGCUUGGAGAGAGCUUAGGCAUGACCAGAAAUGGUGCUCUAUGUAUCAAGCUAAGGAUGGUGGUAAAGAGAAGCGGAAGAGUGUUGGUGGUGCUGUUGAAGGCGAAGAGGAGGUUACUGGUGCUAUUUUAUCAAUCUCUAUAUAA